AUGAGCGACGGCUAUGUUGAUUCGCGCGACAUUGAGGCGCUCCGCAACCAGAAGGGUGUCGGCGAGUGGAGUGUGGAGCAGCUGCAGCAGCUCUGCGACACGGGCGCCUGCCGCGGUUUUCUCUUUUUUCGCUAUCAGAAACCCCCAAUUUUGGUGGCAAUGCUGGUGUUCACGGCGCCGCCUCUCGCCGCCGUACUGCUCUCGCCGCCAGGAGGGAAGCCCAUCGCCGCUCUCGACGGCCUCCUCGCCGCCGCGUCACAACCCCACGCCGCCGGCAUCGGAGCGGCCGCCGCCGUCGCCAAGCUCACGAGCCCCUUGCUCUUCGGUCUGCUCUAUGCCUUUUGCGACCUCCUCAUCCCACUCAACAUCGGCCUCGCGCCGCUCUGCGGAGCCAUGUUCGAUUUCCCGACCGCGCUCGCCAUAGUCCUCACCGGUGGCGUUGCCGCCGCCACCGCGGCCUUCUUCAUUGGCCGGAUGCUGCUGCAGGACCGCGUCCGAAGCCAGCUGCAAAAGAUGCCGACGACAGAGCGCCAGUUCUCCUUCAUCGACCGUGCGAUCACCAGGGGCGGGUUCCGUGCCGUCUUCCUGCUGCGCCUGAUCCCGACGCCGGUGCCCGCGAUCAACUUUCUGUACGGCCUCACCGGCGUGAGCGGCACCUCCUACAUGGCCGCCACGGCGCUGGGCAACCUGCCCGGCAGCGUGGCCAUACUCUCCUCUGCCGCGCUCGGCAAGCAGCUGCUCCUCGCCCGCGGCGCGCUGCAUGGGCGGCCGCUGCUUCCGGCCUGCGCCCUCGGCCUGGCGGCGGCGUUCGCCCUGGUGCGGCUCGGCGCGCGAGCCGUCGACGCGGCCAAGGCGGCACUCGACGACCUGGCGGGUGGCGCGUGCGGGGAGGAGCCCGGCGGCUCCACGGUGGCGGUGGGUGCGGGGCAGGAAGAGGGGGAGGAGGAGUGCGAGCUCGACGGGUGCAGGCCGUGGCUCACCUCCGGGGAGGCGGCCGAGGUGUGUGCGUGAGGUAGGUGUUGUGUGGGACUGUGAUCUGUGAUCUGUAAGGGUCCGCCCGCAGGCGCAUUUUGUAUACCGAGGCGGUGCCCGGUGCCGAGCGCAGGCUGCAGAGCCCGUUGUGUGGGACUGUAUGUAACUGUGAGAGGAUUAGGUUGUGUUUGGUGUAGGUUUGGCGUUUGGGACAAGCGGAAAACGAGAUUCUUUUUCCUUCGUCGCUGCGAGCUCCCUGUGCCUGGCGC